CCAGUUGGCUCUUCAGCAAUUGACCUCAGUUGCUACCAACGGUUCUGCACCUCCUUAUGCUUGGUUAAAUCAGGCGUUUCUGAAAAACGCAAUGUUUAGCCCUAGAGGAACUUUGCCUCAGAGGCCGAGAGGACCUAAUCCAUCCGGCACAAAGCCUCCGGGAUCCUUUAGGGGAGGAGGCGCAGCAGGUCUUCAGAGAAAGCCUGCACCUGGAACACCUCAAGGAAUGUCACAACGAUUUUCGGGACAGGAAACGUUUCAGUGGACGGGUUCGCAGAGGAUAAACGUUCGGGUAACUCUGCACAGGACUGAUCCGAGGCGGGUGAAGGAGAAGACAAACCUACACCAGGAGCAGAAGGGAGAGCCUCGCACAAGUUGCUGGGAUAGCAGCCCGUGCUCAGCUGGGACAACUGGACAAAAGCCAUCGGCCUCGGCACGGAUCUCGGAGCAGAACUCAAAUGCCCAGAACCGCUACACACCAGAAAGCGCUUCCAGCAUUUUAGCGAGUUUCGGGCUGUCUAAUGAAGACUUGGAGGAGCUCAGUCGCUAUCCAGAUGACCAGUUAACGCCUGAAAACAUGCCGCUCAUCUUAAGAGAAAUACGGAUUCGCAAGAUGGGUCAUCCUUUAUCUGGCUUACAUUCUCAGAGCAGAGCGGAAGAAACGAUUGGUGGUACGAGCGGUGCAGCAGUCAAGAGUAAAGUGAUUGAUUACGGGCACGCGAGCAAAUACGGUUACACGGAAGAUCCUCUGGAAGUGCGUGCUUAUAACCCUGAAGCGCUGACCGAAGAUCCUCUGGAAUCACGUGUCUAUAACCCUGAAGCAUCGAGCGGAGAGAACAGGGAAAACUUCCAACGAGAGCAGAACGUGGCAAUGGGCGUCCCACCGCCGAGCGUGACGUGUAAUCCGGUGUUCCCAGCUGAAGAUUUAAUAAAGCCGACGGGGUUCCAGAAUGAUUCCUCAAAUACUCGAUCGUUUUUUCCAGCUGAGACUCCGGGAAAGGUGUCUGCGUUGUGUGCAACGCCCGCUGCCCUCCCCGUGGUGAAAUCUGUAUCCCAGCCUGUGAUACCGCCUGUCAUGCCGCCCAUGAUGCCACCCAUGAUGCCACCCUUGGCCCAGCCCAUGAUGCCGCCUGUCAUGCCGCCUUUUGUCCAGCAGCCCAUGGCCCAGCACGUAAUGCCGCCCAUGACCCAACCGCCCUUUUCGGCUGAACUUCUCGCAGCUGUAAGCCAGCAUGAAAGGAUUCAGCACGAAUCUGGGACGAGCCAGCCCACCGCCCAGAGCGGCGCGGGAGCCGGACAGAAGCCCUUCCAGACGCAGGCUGAGGGGCCGAUUAAAUCGCCUUUCGGUAUUGUGAAAGCAUCGUGGCUUCCAGCGUUUCUGCAGGCCGAUGCCCAGAAGAUAAAACGCUUGCCCACUCCGUCGAUGAUGAAUGACUACUAUGCCACGUCUCCAAGAAUAUUCCCACAUAUGUGUUCUCUGUGUAACAUUGAAUGCACUCAUAUGAAGGACUGGAUUCUGCAUCAGAACACUCCUUCUCACAUUGAAAGCUGCCGCCAGUUACGCCAACAGUACCCUGACUGGAACCCCGAGGUGCAGUCUUCAAAGAGAAAUGCUGGUGACAGAAAAGAAAACCAGACCCCGAAGCGUCGUUCCAACUCUGCCAGUCCCAGCCCUAGGCGCUCGAGGGUCGCGGGCUCCGGCUAUGUUCUUCGCCGAUCGCGAUCGAGAUCCAGGAGCCCUGGCCGCUUCAGGCCAACAAGGCCGAGAAGUCGGAGCCCGCGGCAGAUGCGACGCCGGAGCCCCAGACACAGGUCAAGGUCACCGCAGCGAUCGAGGAAUCCACUGAGAACUAGUCCUCGGCCUCAGAGAUCUUCCAGUAAUGAUUGGUCAUCGAGGAGGUCAACUCGAUCGCAAGACAGAAAAGCAGCUCUGGAGGCGGUAGUGAAAAGUUUGGGACCUGGCUUUGUAGCAGAGUUCAAUAAACAUAAGUCACUUCAAGCAGCUGGGCAAGGAUCUUCAGGAUCGGGAAAAUCACCACCCUCUCAUGGACCCUUGGGGAAGAUGCCUGGAAAUACGAAGAAGCCGCUGAAAGCAAGCGUUUCUCCAAAGGCUUCGAAGAAAGACCUGCCCUCUUUGCCUGGGUCGAGUUCUUCAUCUCCUGAAACUGAUGAUUUGCCCCACAGCAAAGAAAUGGAAGAGGAUGAGGAAGACUUAUCCACAGGAACCAGUGGACCUCGUCCUACCCCUUACAACAGGCUGCUGAGAGAGGAAUUGCUGAGUUGUGGGACAGUCCUGCAGAUAUCUGAUUUACCAGAUGACGGCUUUUCAGAUCAAGAUAUUAAAAAAAUUGUUCGGCCCUUUGGCAAAGUUAGCGAUCUCAUUGUCCUUCGCUCUCGAAAUGAGGCCUUCCUGGAAAUGAACUACAAAGAAGCCGUGAUAGCAGCUGUGAAAUACGGCGAAACCGUGCCAGUGCUGGUAAAUGGGAAACGGGUGAAAAUAAGCGUAGCAGAAAAGCCAAAAGCAUCUGCUGGCCAGGCCAAAGCGAAUAUAAAAAAGCGGGCUCAGAAUAUUAAAAAAGUUGCACCAAGUACAAAAAAAGAUCAGAACACCGCCACUAAGACAACUAAAUCCAUUACAGGUAAAAAAGAAAGGACUAAGAAAUCGGCAAUGACAGGAGAUUGUAAAAUCAAGAAAACCUCAAACGCUGCCGCAAAACCGAUAGAUGAAGACCUUCAGGUCUCAGCAGAAGCCGAAAUGGAAGUUGGGGAAACGACGCUGUCAGACCCGAAGAACGUUACGGAAGGGGACAGAGCUGCAGAGCCUGUGAAGACAGUCGAGACUCAGCCCCAGGCAGCGACUAAUCCUGCGCCCGCACUAGAGAAACUCGCGCAGAUGCCUCAGGUGGCGGCGUUGGACUUGAAUGAGUUUAACGAAGCUUUAGAUGAUGAAGAAGCUACGAUAGCGACUGCAAAGAGCGAAGAGUCAACAGAACCAGCUAGCAAGGUCAGUCUGAAGGUGCUGGAGUCUCUGCAAGCCGAACCUGACGAUCUCUGUGUGGUUCUGAUCUCCAACUUACCUGAGAAGGGAUACUCUGUCGAGGAAGUUUCCAACCUGGCCAAGCCGUUUGGGGGGCUGAGGGAUGUGCUGAUUUUAUCGUCUCACAAGAAGGCAUAUCUUGAAAUAAACAGAAAAUCUGCAGAUUCCAUGGUUAAAUUUUACACCUGCUUUCCCAUGUCCCUGGAUGGAAACCAGCUCUGCAUCAGCAUGGUGCCUCAGUAUACGACUGUAAAAGACGAAGAAGCAAUAUUUACUGCUAUAAUUAAGGAUUCUGACCCUAAGGUAAAUACGGAAACUAUACAUAACCAGUUUGUGCAUCUGGGGAACUUGCCCGACGAUGGAUACAGAGAACUUGAAGUCGUUUGCGUGGGACUUCGAUUCGGGAAGGUAGAUCAUUACGUCGUACUGAAGAAUAAAAACAAGGCGAUUCUGCAGCUGGACAGUCCCAAGUCAGCCAGGUCGAUGCACAGCUUCCUGAAGCAAUACCCGUACAGCAUGGGUGAGCGUACGCUGACCUGCACGUUGUCACCCAACGGGGAGUCCGCUGAGGCUGAAGUUGUGAAAAAAGAAGCGAAGAAGGAGGAAGCGAGCAAAGGAAGCUCUGGCUUGAAAAAAUAUCCAGAGGGAUCAGGAGUGGUGCAAACAGCAGCUGCUAAUCCUCCAGUAGAGCCUAGUGUGGCAAAGAAGGGACCCGUUUCCAUCUCUAAUGUCAAAGACGAGAUGUCAGCAGGACAGAUAGAGCCCUCUGAGUCCCAGCUUGAAAGAGCGGUAAGGGAGUCUGCUCCAAGACCGGCAGAAACGUCGGUGGAGAAGGCGGGUGCUGGAGGCGAAGCUGCGGUGGCAUCUAUCAAAUCUGCUGCUACCGACCCAUCCAAAGCAAAGUCAGAAGAGACGCUGCCGCCGCCUCCCAGCGUGGAGAAAGAAGAGGCAGGCAGCGGCGAUACCGAACCAGAGUUGCUGGAAUCUGCUGUUGCAUCUGCGUCGGAGCAGGAGGUUAAACACGAAGAGUUGCCCGCUCCUGCUGUUGAACCUCCAGAAGAAUUGUCCGAUGCGGGCAAGGCUGAAGAUGUGCCGUCAGGUUGUGCUGCGAAGCCGGCAGCUGGGGGUACGACAGGGGCCGUCCCUGAAGCGGUGCCCCCCGAUUCCGAUGCAGCUUCAGCGGAGGUGGUGUCAUCCCUUGUCACACAAACAAACAAGUUGGGUGCUCCUGAAAAAAAUACUGUUUCUGUUGCUGUGAAAACUGAACACAAAAUGCCUGUAACUCCGGUAAUAGAGAAGCAGCCCAUAAUUAAAACUGGGGCGGCCGUGGAGAAGAAACUGGAUGUAGCUGGAGCAGACACAGAGGUGAAACCAGAAGAGUCUGCGCUCAAAGUUGGAAGAGCUGUGGAGGAGAAUGCUGAAAAGCUUUUGGUCAAGGCUGGGGCAGAGACAGAGAAGAAGCAUGAAAAACCUGUGGCCAAGGUUGGGGCUGCUACGGAAAACGCUGCAAAUGCUGCCAGUGGGAACAACGAAGGAAGUUUCAUCAAAGCCCAUCAAAAUAAAGGGAUGGGACCGGCAAAAGCUGACGAAAGCCGCAAAGCAGUUACGCUGAACUCCUCUCUGUCUGCCAAGGAAUCUGCUGCUGUUGGCAAAACGAUUUUAAAGGCAGUGGUGUCUCUUCUGGAUAUAUCAAAGUCAAGGGUUCCAGUACGGAGAAAUGAGCCUUCCCUGUGUAAAGGAGGGGAGCAGAAGGCUCCCUCGAAGCCUGAGACCCGAGGCCAAGCAGCAGUGGAGAAGAAAAUCGCAUCAAAAGAAGAGGGUCAUCCACGGCCUGGGAGCAGCCAGUCAAGCCUGGGAGAUGGCAGCGGCAAAUGUAAAGUGAGCAGAAGUUCUGUUGUUGAUGGAAAGGGAGGCAAUGGGAGGAAUUCAUCUCAGCAAGAGAAGGACUCCCGAGUGGAAUCUAGGGCUAGUUCAAAACAGUCUCAAGAGGGAGAGAGUAGAUCAUCCAGCAUGAAGAAAGACAACAGCAGCAAUAAGGCUUCCGGUGGUGGCAACACUAAAAUUUCCAAGAGUGGCACUAGCAGCAGUGCAAAGCAGAAGGAGGAAGAAGAGCUGUUUCCAUUUAACCUGGAUGAAUUUGUUACCGUGGAUGAGGUGGUAGAGGAAAUUGAGUCUCCCGUUAAAACGCGGCGAAAUCCACCGAGGGGAAAGAGAAAAGACGGUGCUAAAACCAACUCCUCUGAGCCGAGUUCUAAGAGAAGGAAAGGGAAAAGCUCCGCAGCGCGCAUUGCUGAAAGCGAGCUCUCUUUUGUCACUUUGGAUGAAAUCGGUGAGGAGGAGGACACGACUGCCCCGCUAAUGGGGGUUGCUAAUUUCGAAGCGCUCAGUGACCCGCAGGGCCUGGUGGUAGUGGAUGAAGUGAUGGAAGAGGAAGAACUCAUGUCAGAAGCCGUAAAGGAUCCCCAGUCGCUUGUUACUUUGGAUGAGAUAUCUGAGCAGGAGGACCUCGGUUCUCAUAAAGACAUCCCGAGGUCGGUCUUUGAGGAGCAGGAUUUGAAAGCCGAGCCCUUGGUAACUGUAGAUGAAAUAGGUGAAGUAGAAGAGCUGCCUCUGAACGAGCCUACGGACUUGAAUAUUGAGGAGGUGCUGAAACAGAAGGAGGAUGACAAAGGGACCGCUGAGGACACGGGAGAUGGCGCGGCCUCUCAGGUGCCCGACGAUCCCAGCGCUUUAGUGACAGUAGAUGAAAUACAAGAGGACAACGAAGAUAACCCUCUGGUGACUUUGGAUGAAGUUAACGAAGAUGAAGAUGAUUUUCUGGCUGAUUUUGAUCGUCUGAAAGAGGAACUGAACUUUGUUACAGUAGAUGAAGUUGGAGAGGAGGAUGAGGAAGAAGAAAAUAUUUUCCCCGGGAAAAAUCUGAACGAGGAUGAAGACGACGAAGAUAUUAUUGCUGUUGCAGGACCAGAAGAAGAAGAAAUUGCUGCUAUUGCAGGACCAGAAGAGGAGGAUAUUGUUGCUGUUGCAGGACCAGAAGAAAUGGAAAUUCUAGAAGAAAUGAGUCCAGAAGAAGAAAUCAUUGCAAUCUCAAAGUCAAAAGGUCAGCUGGGAGCGGGAGAUCGAGAACCCCGGCCUAAGCGGAAGAAAACGGCUGCUUCAGAGGCCUCCAAGACGCAGAAUACUCUGAAAGACUUGGAUUACCUCGUUCCAAAGGCAGGCUUCUUCUGUCAGAUCUGCUCGCUGUUCUACGCAGACGAAACGUCGGUGAAGAACCACUGCAAGACGCCGCUUCACCAGCAGAACAUGGAGAAGUUCAUGGCCAACAGGCACAGGAGGGGAUUCAUCCCACAGCUCCUCACUCUGCGCCGCCGCGUUACAGACCUCUCGGUGGGUGACAUUUUGGACGCGGCGCUGCCCCCACGGGGAAGGUCGCAGUGA